GAAAUACUCUCUCUCUCUCUCUCUCUCUCUCUCUCUCUUGUUCAGGCUGUGGACCUAUCUUUUUUUUUUCCCUUGUCAAAGUUCUUCUCCAACUGCUCAUCCCUCAUGGGCGAUUCGCCCAUCUCGAUCCACCUCCAAGAGAAACUCAGACCAAAUGUGAUGAUAUGACCAACGAAAACAUGGAUGAUGACAGAGACAAGAAGUCAUCCUUGAGUUUCUUGAUCUGACACAUUGAACGUCAUCGUCAAAACCCGAGCGAGAUCGACCCCCGAAUCAAAGAAAGCAAAUGCCUGUGCCAGAUCCUCAGGCGGGGCGGACAUUCAUCUGUCUCAUAACCUUCUUCCUGUUCCUCUCCAUCGCCAUAGGAGGAGGCUGUCUCAUCGCCUACACCAUCCUCCCUUACCCGCCCUCCUGGCUCUCCUACGUCGGCAUCACCUUCGUCUGUCUCCCCUGGCUUUUCUGGCUUCUCACCUUCGUCUACCGCCUUCUCUCCCGAUCCCUCGGCUUCAGGAUGGUCGUUGGAUCCGGCGGCAACGCUAGUGGUGACACGGUGACCCGGGAAAUCGAGCCUCCGGGACAAAACCUCGAGUCUCCUCCCGAAGAAACUCCCCGGCAAUGCCCAUCAGGGGAUGGCAACAAAUCCAAGGAAAGAACGUCAAGCUCGAGCAGUUCGAGCGUCGCAUCGCACGAGAGCGAAAUGCCAUUUGCCAUUUCCAUGGGCUCUUGAAAGGAUCCACUGAAAUGAUUUAUAAUCCCUGGCUUUGACGCAUUGUGUCGAGUUCUUCCAUCGGACAAAGUUCUCUGAAACAUGCCACCCGGGCGGUUUUGUUGUUGUUUUGGUUUCUGUCUUAAUACAGAUAGAUGGUAGAUCCAAGGAAACGCCGGUUGAAUUCGAAAUGCAAAUACCCCUCAAGUCUUUAGGACCAAUACAGAUUUCUCCCACAGGCCGAAGAUCCAAGAUUGGAUCUUUUGAUUUCUUCAUUAGAUUCUGCAUCAGGGGUUAAGGACAGGAUUGUUGGCAUGAAGGGCUCUUGGUCGAGAUUUGUGGUUGUUUGUUUUUUCCCCAAUAAAAUUCGUUGUAUAGGAUCCCAUUUCGGAUGAUUAAAGAUGGAGGGGCGAAAGUGAAAGACAGCAGAGUGAUGAAAUCCUCUUUCCAUUAUUGAAUACGCAUCUCCACAAGCAUUCAUCAGAUGGAUAAGCAAUAUGAGAUUCUGUACACAACAUACAACAAUAGGAAGCAAAACCCUCAAAUACCUGAUGUUAAUUCGGCAUGAAGACGAUAAUAAACCCAACAACUAGAAACUAUACCAGAAAUUAAAAAAAAAAAAAA